AUUCGGCUGUCCAAAGUCGUCGUCUUCAUCGCUCAUUCCAAAGCUUUUUCCUUUCUCCGCUUCACACUCAUCUCUCUCACUCUCCGCAUUUACUGGAAAGAAAAUGGGUUGCGUUUCGUCCACUCUGCUCAGCCGCGACGAGGAGUUCGCGCAGAUCGGCGGCUCGGCGGGUCUCGGCCACCACAUUGUGUCGCUCACCUCCACCACUUAUGGCCUCUUGACACUCGAUCCGCCGGCGCCGGCGCCGGCGUCGUCCUCCGACGAGGAGGAGGAGGAGGAGAAGAAAUCAUCAUCUUCUCCUCCGGUGUGCACCACUGCGCCAGUUACGCCCAUUCCGCCUACACGGUUCAGUCUUGGCUCGCUCUUUGCUAGCCCGUUGCUCUCGGAGCCCCGACCGCUCAAGCUCUCCGAACCGCCGUCUGAAGUUAUCAACUCCUGGGAGCUCAUGUCCGGCCUCGAUUCAGCGCAGCAGGCCAGCAAUAGCGCUGCUCAGAGCUUCCGAUUUGCCGCUCUACCCUCUUCCAAUUCCACCGCGGAUUAUACCUUCAGGUUUUCUCAGCCCUUGUUUAAAAACGAAAAUUCAAACCCUAAUCUCUCCUCCGGCGAGGUUCUAAAGCCACCGAGCUUAAUCGAAGCCGUCCUUGCUAAGAAAUCAUCCAAUUCCAAGCACACUUCCCUGGACGCGUUCCAAGAGCUCUGCCCACCAAAUGGGGAAACCAGGGUGGUGAUAUAUACGACGACGUUGCGGGGCGUAAGAAAAACCUUCGAGGCUUGCAAUGCAGUUAGAUCCGUGAUUGAGGGCGCUGGGGUUCUGCUCUGCGAAAGGGACAUUUCAAUGGACAAAGGGUUCAAGGAAGAGCUCAGGGAGCUAAUGAAGGAGAAAGAUAGCAGUGAGCUAAUACCUCCCAGGGUGUUUGUGAAAGGGAGAUACAUAGGAGGAGCUGAGGAACUCCUAAGGAUUGCUGAAGAAGGUGGGUUGGGAGAUUUGCUUCAAGGUUUGCCUAAAUUGAGAGCUGGGUAUGUGUGUGAAGGUUGCGGCGGGGCUCGAUUCUUGCCGUGCUUUACCUGUAAUGGAAGCUGUAAGAUGGUUAUGGCGGUGAGGGAAGACAUGGAGGAGAAGCAUGGUAGGACUGUAGUGGUGAGGUGCUCUCAUUGCAACGAAAAUGGCUUGGUUCUCUGCCCCAUUUGUACCUAGAGGAUGCAUCUAUCUGCGAUGAGUUUUGCAGAAUUGCAGCUUGAUUGCUUGGGCUCUGUUGUACUUUGGAGCAUAGAAAAUGGACUUUGCAUUUUACAACUUGAGAGUACUUCAAAGAAUGGGAUUUAGCAUUUUACCCUCAUCCUUUGAUGUUGAAGAGCAGUUUCAACUGUAGGAAGGGAAAGGACUUAGCCAGAAAUUAUUUUCUUUAAUGUAUCAAACUAUCAAUAGACAAUACUCCAUAUGUAAAUUACUUAGACUUAAAAAAGAAUUAGUAAAAUAUUAAUGUUUCUAUUG